CGCCGCGGUGCUCCUCGCGAUCAUAUUUGCCCGUUCGCAAUGUGUCUCUCCUUGUUGGAUUUGAUAAUAUAGCUCCUUGGCGGAAGCUGUCGUCUCCCUGAAACCCUCCGUGUGGCAUUCUGCAACUAAUUGGCCUGAGACUGUCCGUCAAGCCCCCCAGAUAAUUGACUUGAAAUGGUGAGUCCUCAUCAUUUGUUACUAAUCCUUAUGUUUCGCUCUAGGCGCGCAGCGCAGAAAAAGCAAUCUAGCCUGGGCGAAUACAAACUUCGUGACCUAAAUGAUGACAUCAACAAAUUGGUGCGGGAGAAAGGCCACUGGGAGGAUCAUAUCAAAACGCUAGGUGGUCCGGAUUUCAAGGCUGAAGCGCCAAAGAUGUUGGAGAAGGAAGGCAAAGAGGUUCCGGGAAAUCGCGGCUACAGAUAUUACGGUGCAGCUCGCGAUCUACCUGGUGUUAGGGAGCUUUUCGAAGAGGCACCCAUAGCACAGAAGGUUGCCGAGUGGAAGGCCCGACGGGAAGACCCGAACUUUCGUAGCAAAGUGGCCAAGAGGGACUUGCCGAUUGAGGACCAGGAAGAAUUCGACGAGGACACAGCAGACUUACGAAAUAUCUAUGCCGCUGGCGACAACCCUGCGGAUGAUGAACUUAUGCGGUUGUAUGAGGCAAUCGACAUAGAUGAACCAGCGGCUUCCACGGAUGUCCCCACCGUGGAGCAGUUAGCCGCCCUUGGCCAAAACGUCGAUGAAGAUGAAGAAGACGAAUACAUUGCAAUGGUUAAUGGCCGAGUUUCGAGUAAGACGAUGAGCUCCCUGGGUAACGUCAAACGGGCCUUCGUAGCUCACGUCCCCGUAUUCACACAAGAACAGAUCGAAGCUUCACUGCUGGCACAGCGCAAGCGCGAAAUUCUGGAGAAGUAUAUGUCUAGUGAUCUGAUUGCUAGUAUGGCUGAAACGGGUGAAAUCCUUGGGAUGGAAGAUGGUACCAUCGAGACAAACCCUGAUGCUAACGCUGUCGAUGCCAAUGAUUUCAAAGGCUCUGAUGUGGAGGAAGAGGAGGAGGAAGAUGAUGAAUAGAAGUCGUCUAUGUCCAGUCCACCACCAUGUGGCUCCUUGUACAGUUUGACUGUUUUGUAUCAAAAAAAGACUGACUUUCAGCAGCAG